AUGGAGGAUUUCUAUGAGACAAGAAUUGAUGGUGUGGAUGGAGAGAUAGUUGGUCUUUUCGGAGUCUUUGAUGGUCAUGGGGGUGCUCGAGCUGCAGAGUAUGUUAAACAAAACCUUUUCAGUAAUUUGAUCAGGCAUCCAAAGUUUAUUUCUGAUACCAAAUUGGCAAUAGCUGAUGCAUACAGCCAUACCGAUUCAGAAUUUCUGAAAUCAGAUAAUAGUCAGAACAGAGAUGCUGGCUCAACUGCUUCCACUGCUAUCCUUGUUGGCGAUCGUUUGCUGGUUGCUAAUGUUGGGGAUUCGAGAGCUGUUAUUUGCAGGGGUGGUAAUGCCUUUGCUGUUUCUCGAGACCACAAGCCCGACCAAACUGAUGAACGACAACGGAUUGAAGAUGCUGGAGGGUUUGUCAUGUGGGCAGGAACUUGGAGAGUUGGUGGUGUACUUGCUGUUUCUCGUGCAUUUGGUGAUAGACUUUUGAAGCAGUAUGUUGUUGCGGAUCCAGAAAUUCAGGAGGAAAAGGUGGACAGCUCCCUUGAAUUUCUUAUCCUUGCAAGUGAUGGAUUAUGGGACGUAGUCACGAAUGAGGAAGCAGUCUCAAUGAUCAAACAAAUUGAUGAGCCUGAGGAGGCAGCAAAGAGGCUGAUGCGGGAAGCAUACCAGAGAGGCAGCGCAGAUAAUAUUACUAUUGUUGUUGUUCGUUUCUUGGCCAACCAAGAGGGAUCUUCUCAUAGUGGCUCUGGUUAA